AUGAGAUUAGCACCAUUAAUCUUUUUGGUAUUGUUCUUGGUUGGAUUAUCCUCCGCUAAGAUUUAUUUCAGCGAAACCUUUGACAAGGAGUGGGAAUCAAGAUGGGUUGAAUCUAGCUUCAAAAAGGAAGAAGGAAAGGCUGGCAAGUUUAUCCAAACCGCUGGUAAGUGGUUCGGUGAUGCUGAAGAUGGUAAGGGUAUCCAAACCUCUGAAGACGCCAAGUUCUACGCUCUCUCUGCCAAGUUCCCACAAUCAUUCUCCAACAAGGACAAGGAAUUAGUCGUCCAAUUCACCGUCAAGCACGAGCAACGUAUCGACUGUGGUGGUGCUUACAUCAAGCUCCUCCCAGACACCCUCGACCAAGCCAACUUUGGUGGUGACAGCCCAUACUACAUUAUGUUUGGCCCAGAUAUCUGCGGUAUGUCCAAGAAGACUCACCUCAUCUUUAACUACAACGACAAGAACCACCUCAUCAAGAAGGAGUUAAAGGUUGAAUCCGACCAAUUGUCCCAUCAAUACACCUUGAUCUUGAAGCCAGACAACACCUACUCUGUCUUGAUCGACAACAAGGAGAUCCAAUCUGGUUCCCUCGUCGAAGACUGGGACUUCCUUGCCGCCAAGGAAAUCAAGGAUCCAAAGCAAUCCAAGCCAGUUGACUGGGUCGAUGUCAAGGAAAUCGACGACCCAGAAGAUGUCAAGCCAGCCGACUAUGACACCAUCCCAGCCACCAUUGUCGACCCAGAAGCCACCAAGCCAGAAGAUUGGGAAGACGAAGACGACGGAGAAUGGGAAGCCCCAACCAUCGCCAACCCAGAGUUCCAAGGUGCCUGGAAGGCCAAGAAGAUCCCCAACCCAGCCUACAAGGGAGAAUGGGUCCACCCAUUGAUUGCCAACCCAGACUACAAGGAAGACAAGAACAUCUACUUGUUUGACAAGAUUGGAGCUGCUGGUUUUGAAAUCUGGCAAGUAAAGGCCGGUACCAUCUUUGACAACAUCAUCGUCACCGACUCUGUCGAAGAGGCCAAGAAGUUCUCUGAAGAGCACUUUGAAAAGAACGUCGAAGGUGAAAAGAAGAUGUUUGACGACGAAGAAGCCAAGCGUCAAGAAGAGGAAAAGAAGAAGAUCGAAGAAGCCAAGAAGGCUCAACCAGCUGCUGAAGACGCCCAAGAAUCUGAAACUGAUGCCGAAGAAGAGCCAGUUGUUGUCACCACCAACACCAACGAAGAAAAGAAGGUCAAAAAGGACGUCCAUGACGAACUCUAA